UGCAGGGCUGGACUUACAGGUUGCGGCCAGCCCUUAGAAUGAAUUGUGCCUGGAAAUACACCAGUAGCCAAAGAAGCAUUUUUAAGUUAGGGAGUUCUGUGCAUAGAGAAGAGCUUGCAUGGUGCCCAGGAAGACAGAGAAAAGGAAAAGGUUGGGCAGAGGCGGAGUCAUCAGCUGCUUUCCAGAAAGAGAAAGGCUGAGAAACGAAAGUAAUAAGGCGAUUAGCUUUGUCUGGUCUCUGCAGCAGAGGAGCAUUGGUAGUCAUGGCCUCUGGAGACCUUGUGAAGAAGCUUUGUGAGGAACUGGCCUGCUCCAUCUGCCUGGAGUAUUUCAAGGAGCCUGUGAGCCUCUCCUGCGGGCACAAUUUCUGCCAAGCCUGCCUGGAUCAAGGCAGGGAGGAGGAAGAGGCCUCCUGCCCACAAUGCAGGGAGAAAGUGCAGAAAAGGGGCCUCAAGCGGAAUUGGAAGCUGGCAAACUUGGUGGAGAUCGCCAUAGAAAUGGAGAAAGAAAAGGGGAGACUCUGCCAAAGGCACCAGGAGCCCCUGAAGCUCUUCUGCAAGGACCAUGACGCCCCCAUCUGUGUGGUAUGCGACAGGUCGAAGGAGCACGAAAACCACCAGGUGAUCCCUCUGGAUGAAGCAUCAAAGGAGUACAAGGAUCAGAUUUGGAAUUAUCUGGAGACUCUGAAGAAGGAGAGAGAGAAAAUUCUGGCCUACAAAGCAGACACAGCACGAGAAAGCAAAUAUUUGCUCGAGAAAACCCAGAGAGAGAAGGAGAAGACUGUGGCUGCAUUCAGGUUCAUGCACUGCUUUCUAGAAGAACAAGAGAGGAAUCUGCUGGCAAAAAUGGAAGAGGUGGAGAAGGAGAUUUCAGCCAAAGAGGAGGAACAUCUGGCCAGACUCCCCGAAGAACUCUCCUCUCUCUCAAAACUCAUCCAAGAGAUGGAGGAGAAGCAUCAGCAGCCGGCAAGUCAACUCCUCCAGGAUAUCAGAAGCACCUUAGAGGGGUACAAGAACAAGGAGGCAUUUGAGACUUCUGCAGCCUUUCCUCCUGCCCUGAAGUGGAAGAUCUGGGACUUCCGUGAUAUCAAUCCUUUUCUGGAGGGUGUCAUGAAGCAGUUUAGAGAAACGAAAGUAAGGCUGUUAGCUUUGCCUGGUCCUCGCAGUGGAGUGGCAUUGGCAGCCAUGGCCUCUGGAGACCCUGUGAAGAAGCUCUGUGAGGAACUGGCCUGUCCCAUCUGCCUGGAGUAUUUCAAGGAGCCUGUGAUGAUCAUCUCUUGUGGGCACAAUUUCUGCCGAGCCUGCCUGGAUCAAUGCUGGGAGGAGAAAGGGGCCUCCUGCCCACAAUGCAGGGAGAAAGUGCAGGAAGGAGACAUCAGGCCAAUUAGGCCGCUGGCGAACCUGGUGGAGAUUGCCAAGGAACUGGGGAGCCAGAAGGCAGAAGAGAAGGGCAGAGUCUGCCAGAAGCACCAGGAGCCCCUGAAGCUCUUCUGCAAGGACCAUGAAGUCCCCAUCUGUGUGGUGUGCGACAGGUCGAAGGAGCACGAAAACCACAAAGUGAUCCCUCUGGAUGAAGCAUCAAAGGAGUACAAGGAUCAGAUUUGGAAUUUUCUGGAGACGCUGAAGAAGGAGAGAGAGAAAAUUCUGGCCUACAAAGCAGACACAGCACAAGAAAGCCAAGAUUUGCUCGAGAAAACCCAAAGAGAGAAGGAGAAGACUGUUGCUGCAUUCAAACACAUGCAUCAGUUUCUAGACAAACAAGAGAGGAAUCUGCUGGCAAAAAUAGAAGAGAUAGAGAAGGAGAUUUCAGCCAAAGGGGAGGAGCAGCUGGCCAGACUCUCUGAAGAACUCUCCUCUCUCUUGAAACUCAUUCAAGAGAUGGAGGAGAAGCAUCAACAGCCGACAAGUGAACUCCUCCAGAAUAUCAGGAGUGCCUUGCAGGGGUAUAAGAACAAGGAGGAAUUUGAGACUUCUGCAGCCUUUCCUUCUGCCCUGAAGUGGAAGAUCUGGGACUUCCGUGAUAUCAAUCCCUUUCUGGAGGGUCUCAUGAAGCAAUUCAGAGCCUCUCUGGAAUCUGGGCUUCAGCAGCAAAAAGCACAUGUGACUCUGGAUCCAGACACAGCCCAUCCUCAGCUCAUCCUCUCUGAAGAUCGCAGACGUGUGACACGUGGAGAGAAAUUGCAAGAUCUUCCUGACAAUCCUGAGAGAUUCAAUGAUUAUGCUUUAGUGCUGGGCCAGGAGGGAUUCACGGGAGGCAGGCAUUUUUGGGAAGUCCUUGUGGGGAGUGAGGAAGGAUGGUCUGUAGGAAUUGCCAGAAAGUCUGUGCAGAGAAAGGACCCACACUUUGGCCCUGAGGCUGGGACCUGGGAAGUGGGAAAGUGGGAGAGUGCAUACAGGUUCUACUCCGACAACGAUGUUACCACAUCUCUGACUCUGAGCAAAGAGCCCAAGAGGGUCCGAGUGUCUCUGAACUACGAAGGGGGUCGGGUGGCCUUUUACGAUGCAGACUCAGCAGCCCUGAUCUUGGAAUACCCUCCAGCCUCUUUCUCGGGAGAGACCCUUUUCCCCUUCUUUUAUGUGGAAAAAAAAGUCCAACUGGAGCUCUCUCCCUAAAGAUGGAGAGCAACGUCCAAAGACUCACACCAGCUGAGACACAAGAAGACAUUUAUCUCUAGAGAUCUGGAACUGUUAAUUCUUUUUGCUCUCUUUCUGAAGCCUCUCUGUGCUCCCUUUACAUAUUUGUGAAAAUUUGUGAGGCUGGAGUGUAAAUGAAGAACCCACUCCUCAUGGCAGUGCUCUGCUCAGGGAUCAGCCGGGGACUUCUUCCUCCCAUUUGGAAAGCCCAGCUACAACAAUAGCAACAAAGAGAGAAUAAAAGACCCAAGUCAAUUAUUCGUCAAAAACUCCAUUUAUUGGAAUUCACUAGUAAGUCUAUUUGCUCCUCCCUUUCCUGGCGUUUCUCAAGACUUGGCUGUGACGGUAAACAAAGGGGGUGAUAAAGUGUAGCAUUGCCUCAUCCCCUUGCCAACUGGAAACAAUACUUUUUCUCCAUCUUCUGUCCUCAUAGUGGCCCCUUGUCCUGAGUAGAAGUUACACGUUAGGAAAAUCACCCAUUUCUUCAUGAACAAUCCAUAGUUUUUCACGAUCUGAAUAAUCAAAGGCUUUGCUAUAAAUCAUAAAGCAAUACUUUUCUGCACUCCAUUAACCAUCAUAUGUUUCAAUAUGAUCCCUUGUGCCUCUUUGUUUUCUGAAUGCAGCUUGGACAUCUGGCCUUUUUUUCACUCUGUAUAUAGUAAAAUACUUGUUUUGGUAACAUUUGAGUAUCACUUGUUUCAUGCGUGGAAGAUCAAUGCAGUGGUCCCACUUGUCCGAAAGUUCGGGUCUCCCACUGUGCUUGAGCUCUGAUUGAUCUAUUGAGAACAUGCACUGAUGAAGGCAGGAUCAGAAAUGGUUUUCUUCAGCAAUGGCAAAAGUGGAUGCUGGGGGACACAGCGUAAUCCCACAUCUGACGUGCCUCUCAGUCACUAGGGUGGGCAUUUUAUAGACAUUUGCAGUCAUGACGAAGAGUGGACAUGUGCUGUGAUUGGUGCAAAUGACAAUCCUCAAUCUCGUUGGCUCAAAAGUACACUCAUUUACGGUUUGUAAUUGGUGCACAGUGCAGAAUAAAGUGGCAUUGGUUAACCUUGAA